CAAUAUAGAUCAUAAGGAUUGCCAGCAACAAGUUAUAGUCAUACAGUCAUAAGUGGAAAGAGAUUGGUGAUGGGAACUAUGAAACGAUUAAUAGUAGUGCAGAUUCAGUAAAUAGUCUGACAGUGUUGAGGGAAUUAUUUGUUUAGCAGAGUGAUGGCCUUCGGGAAAAAACUGUUCUUGUGUCUAGUUGUUCUGGUGUGCAGUGCUCUAUAGCGUCGUUUUGAGGGUAGUAGUUGAAACAGUUUAUGUCCAGGAUGCGAGGGAUCUGCAAAUAUUUUCACGGCCCUCUUCUUGAUUCGUGCAGUAUACAGGUCCUCAAUGGAAGGCAGGUACGAACUACUCUGGACUUAGUGGGGCCCGUCACCCUUGUCUUGGACGAAGAUGGCACCAGCGUAGAAUCGGAGGAGUUUUUCCAAACUCUGGAAGAGGGAACGGUAUUGCUGGCCUUAACUGAGGGACAGGUGUGGCGUCCGACCAAGAAAGCCGGCUACCAGCUCUCGCUCUCCCACAAGCCCCGACGUCGGAUCGACGUGGCCUGCAUCACGUUCGACUUGUACAAGACCAACCCCCAGGAUUUCCUUGGCUCUUUGAACAUCAAAGCGACUCUCUACGGGACCUACAGCAUGUCCUACGAUAUGCAAUGCUAUGGGGCAAAGAGGAUGAUGAAGGAAGCUCUCCGCUGGACCCUUUUCACCAUGCAAGCCACCGGUCACAUCCUGCUGGGCACUUCCUGUUACAUGCAGCAUUUGCUGGACGCUCCGGAAGAACCGAAGGAAGAAACGUUGCCAUCGUUGUUCCCUCCUUCUAUCGCUCUCCCCUCCUCUCUCACCCGGAGAAUGUUGCAGUGAAUUUGGGAUGUGCGUGUCCGAGGGACAGAGAUAUCUCCUGCACCCCCGCUGCUAUGGACUCCAAACCCUGGGAGGGUUGACAUCCUACAUGUAAGCCACCCACAGAGAUCCCGUAGUUAAGGAUGGGCACCUUUCUGCACUUGCUGGAGUAAAAAAUAAAACCACAGCCAUCCUUAGGACAUUUUGACGUUGUAAUAGGCUUCUAGGCACUUCACUGUUCCUUCUAAGUUUGAACGUGCAUUCUUAUUCUUCUCGUCCAGCUUUUCUGCAUCCAGAAUUGGUGCACAAAGACGCCAGGGUUUCACUUUUCCGUAUUUAUAUAUCUAUAAAGUAUGUAUGUAUUAUUUUUUUCCAACACGCACAGGUAAAAUACACAGCCAGCACGAUGCCACGUUGACUUGUAUUAUGGCGCUGUAAAUAUGUG